CACAGGAGAAAGCAGGAGAAUACAGGAGAAACCAGGAGAACAAAGGAGAAACCAGGAGAAACCAGGAGAAUACAGGAGAAAGCAGGAAAAAGCAGGAGAAACCAGGAGAAUACAGGAGAAUACAGGAGAAAGCAGGAGAACACAGGAGAAAGUAGGAGAACACAGGAGAAAGCAGGAGAAAGCAGGAGAAUACAGGAGAAAGCAGUAGAAUACAGGAGAAAGCAGGAGAAUACGGGAGAAACCAGGAGAAUACAGGAGAAACCAGGAGAACACAGGAGAAAGCAGGAGAACAAAGGAGAAAGCGGGAGAAUAUAG